AUGUCACACAACAGCCAUCGACGCCAACGCAAGAAGGAAUAUCGCAGCGAUGCGAGCGAUCCUGAUAGGCACAUGUCAACUACACCUGGCAAUAGAAGAUCAGGAAGUACCUAUCACCAUUGGCCUCGGCAAAAUCCUGACGAUGUAGUGCCCAUCACUAGAUUUGUUUCAAUAGACGAGUUAGCUGCAAAGCAUAGUGAUCCGGCGGUAAGAAGGGAAUGGGAGGAGUAUCGGGCGACCGAACAAGGGAGAGGGAGUCAGGAUCGACUCCGCCUUCCAGGCACCGAACGCGAUCAUGCAGCAGAAAAGAAAAGGAAUGAAGAAGUGUGGGAUAGAAACAAGCAGCGACAGGAAAGCACUGUGAAGGAUAUGAAAAAAGUCAUAAAAGAAGUUUUUGAGGACAAGGACGAGUAUGGUUUGCAGGACGACACCGUAAGCGGAAUUUGCAGCAACAUGGUCGAUGAGGUUGGCGACUUGCACCACGCUAGUUUCGAUUUCGAAAGCAAGAUCAAGGCCAAGGAAACUGCCUUCUGCAACCUCUUGGUCGAUCGUCUUGACGGUAAGAUCAACAACGAGGGAACCGAGAAAGAGUUGAGGCAGCGUUGUCGUGCUAAGAAGACCGAAAUUCGGGGGAUGUUCCAAUGA